GGAGGGAUCCCAGCUUGUCAGAACCAUGGCCAGAGCGCUGAGAGCAGUGAACGCCAGUCGUCCGUUGAACGUUAGUUCGGCCGCAGAGUAGGACGGAUACGCUCAAGCCAAGAAGAAGUGUUUGCUGCCAACAUUUCCCCCAAGCCAAUGUUAACUUUCGGAUAGUGCCGUUUGCUAGUCUCUCUUGGGUGUCGGGGGCUAGCUUUCCUUUGACCUGCCUGUGUUCUGCGGUGGAAAUCGCAAAAAUGUCGUCUCCAAGUCCGGGCAAAAGGCGAAUGGACACCGACGUGGUGAAACUCAUCGAAAGCAAACAUGAAGUCACCAUCCUCAGUGGACUCAAUGAGUUUGUAGUGAAGUUUUUCGGACCACAGGGAACACCGUACGAGGGCGGCGUGUGGAAGGUGCGAGUGGACCUCCCGGACAAAUACCCCUUCAAAUCGCCGUCAAUAGGAUUCAUGAACAAGAUCUUUCAUCCAAACAUCGACGAAGCGUCAGGAACGGUGUGUUUAGAUGUCAUCAACCAGACGUGGACAGCCCUUUACGAUUUGACAAACAUCUUUGAGUCGUUCCUGCCCCAGCUGCUGGCGUACCCCAACCCCAUCGAUCCUUUGAACGGCGACGCGGCCGCCAUGUACCUGCACAGGCCAGAGGAGUACAAGCAGAAAAUCAAAGAAUACAUCCAGAAAUAUGCAACAGAGGAGGCACUAAAGGAGCAAGAGGAGGGGGCGGGCGACUCCUCGUCCGAAAGCUCCAUGUCCGACUUCUCCGAGGACGAGGCCCAGGACAUGGAGUUGUAGUGGUGGACGUCCUACUCCUCCCGCAGCAACCCUUAUCCGCCCCCCCCAGACCCCCAACCCUUAUGCCCCGCCCCCAACAGAGACUAUAUUUGAUUUCCUAACCCAUGACAAAGCAGACUUAUAAUAUUCAUAUUUAAACACCUUGAUUUUUUUAUUAUUAUUAUUAUUACUAAACAAGGAUUUUUAUGAAUAUCUAGCUUCCUCCUCUCCCCUCUUGGCAUCUCUUCCUCAUACCCCCCCCCUUUUUUUUUUCUUCUUGUGUGUGUCAAAGGGGUUGUGGCGCCCAACGCAAAGACAGUAUUUGAAGAGACGCACAAUCACGCACAGGGUAUGUCGCGACGCUCACGGACAGAUGCGAUCUCGGUUUUGGACGCUGGUUCGGCAGUGACUUUUUUGGGGGUGGGGGUCACCAGAACAAAUGACAUCACUCAACGUGACAUCACUGCUCUGAGCACGCUUUGGAUUCAUGGGGGUCCCAUUUUCCACGUUUUAAUCCCCCGCGCCCCCCUCCACGCCCAGUUUUUCUCCCAACGCGGGAAUUGCGUGUCUACAGUACCAAACACGGCAGUACAAGUACUCGGAGAGGACUUCGCAAUGUAUUCCCCUCCGAGAAUGCAGUAGUAUGGAUCCCAGCUCAAAUCCCCUCCUCUGUGCCUCAUCGACAGCAACAAAGGAAGCCGAUCAAGAAAAAAAAAAAGCACAUUUGGGACUCCUCUUCCUCUUUGGACAAUCUACAUUUAGAUGGACGCUAACACAUAGCUAGUUCUGGGUUGCAAGUUCUCCAAAUAGAUAGCAUUCAUAUGGCUUAAGUCAAGAUUUUUUGUUGUUGUUGUUUUUUUUUUUUUUAAGUUAGAUGGCGUCUGUCGUGUGAUGAUGUAUAAGAUGCUUCAUUUGUGCAGAUGUUUCCUAGCGUAGUCCAUCCGAAACAAGAGGCACAUGGAAAGGCUGGCACCACGUCCUUGGUUUGUGUUGCAUCGGCGGUACAUUUAAAGAGGUUCAGUGUAGCAAGAUGCAGGCUUUUUUUAAAAUUUUCAUUUGAUUUGAUUUUGGAUCGGCGCCCUCUCAGGAUAACCCAAAAAGGUCGUGUGCAGAUUCUGAUCUUAUUUCUCUGGAAGCUGCCAACAAAUGUUCCUACCCCCCCCCCUUUCUUUUUUUUCCUUUCAUUCUUAAUCCUAACCACCAAACAGCAAUGUUACGAACUUCAUAAAUAGGAAAGCCCCGCACCACUGAAAGAGAAUUUUUUGUUUUAAAAGUAAUCCAGAUUGGAAUUCUUGCUAUUACCUUUGUGCGGUAUUGUGCUGGACCUCUGUAAUCCCACUUAGAUUGUUGAAUGGGAGAAAAAUAAAGUGCCACCCCACGCCCCCCAAAAAAUUUUUUGUAACCUCUUGGCAAAAAAAACUAAACAGCUCUCUUUAUGUUGAAGUCCUCGUUUUGUUUUUACAGAAGCAUUGUGCACCUGCUGGCUAAUAAAGUGAUCAUAUACUCAGCCUGCUGUUGGUGUGUGGGGGAAAAAAAAAGUCAGUUAACUGCCUUUGCGUUAAAAAUGCAAAGAAUUGAUUCAGCUAAGUCUUCAUUUUCAAACUAAAUUAGCUUUUUCAGACUUAACCCAAUGUCCCAAGUGACCCUCGUUGAAAAGUGCACCUCGAAACAUCAACAUGACAAGGAGUUGACUUGUGUUGCGUUCAGGGAGCCUCGGUUGUAUUUUCAGCACAGUGUAUACUCCCCAUCCGUGUCUACCUACUGUGCACUUGCAUGCACACCUCCCAUUCCUGUGCCACAAGUUCUGGACAUGUCGAAGCCCACACAUUACACACAGCAUGCACUCUUUGCUACCUAGUGUGUUUUAUUUUUAUUUACCCCAAAAUUGCAUCCUUGGUCUUAUUCACAGCACCCCCCCCCCACACCCCCAUUUGCCCUCCCUUUGUGCCCCUCUUUUUAUAUUUUCAUUUUCUUUUCCUUUUUUGACAUUGUGAAGUGGGCAUGCUUGUCAAAAAAAAAAACAUAAGGACAAAUGCUCUCCAUGAAUAGGCUUAUAACCUCAUGAAUAGUGGUGUAAAAAAUAUACUGUUAUAACUUCUCUCUUUUUUAAUAAAACAUUCAA